CUAAAUAUAUUGAUAAUAAUAAGAAUAGCAGUGUUGAUAAUGACGGUCAAAAUAAUAACAGUGCAUACACGAACGGUCCCUUGUCAACAACAGCAACAUGGCCGAGCAGGCGGAGACUAUGCGGGGCACCGUGGCCUCCAUGCUGCGGGGGAUAGAGCGAUACAACCCCGAGAACAUCGCCACACUGGAGCGCUAUGUGGAGCUGCAGGCCCGUGAGAACACCUACGACCUGGAGGCUAACCUGGCCCUCCUUAAGCUGUACCAGUUCAACCCCGGCACCUACCAGAGCACCGUGGCCUGCCAGAUCUUGAUGAAGGCGCUCACCAACCUGCCACACACUGACUUUGUCCUCUGCAAGUGUCUCCUUGGGCAAGACCAGAUGGAGGAUGACAACAUCAAGCGCAUCAUGUACCUCCAUGACCUGCUGGAGAUGUGCCAGUUCCGAACGUUCUGGGAGGAGAAGCACCAGUAUGCUGAUCUGACGACUGGGAUCAAAGACUUCAGUGAUAGUAUCCGCAAGUACAUUUGUCACGUUAUCACCAUCACAUAUCAACACAUUGAGAAGCAUGUGUUGGGGCAGCUGCUCGGCAACAUUGAUGAUGCAACUCAGCUGGCAUGGAUGAACAAGUAUGGCUGGAAGAUGACUGAAGAUGGCACCAUCUUUGUGGCCAACCAGGAGGAGACUGUUAAGACAAAGAACAUCACAGAAAAGAUUGACUUUGACUCAGUGGCUGGCAUCAUGGCUGCCUGUAGAUAAUUCAUGUGAACCCAACACUACUUCGGAAAAAAAUAAACGAACUAUUUGAUAA